AUGGGGAACAAUCAGCCGGGAGGAAUGUACAAGCGGGAUCGUCCGUUCGACUCGGAAAAGAGCCAGUCGAGAAGCCGAUCCGGAGUGCCGUCAUCCUCGCCGCCGUUGGGAGAUGAUGAAUGCCCAGUUCAGGUGAUUUUUUAGUGUACUUGAUAAGAGCAGAGCAGCCAAAAAUUGCCGUGUUCUUUUACCCUCUUUUCGUCAUUGCAGGGGGAGGGUUCGAACUUUUUGAUAAGUGUGUGCUAUAAGUUAGCGAGUGCAAAUUACGAGGCUUGUCGCGGGCCGGUCCGGAGUCAAUUUUGCUAAUUUCAAUAGAGUAUACAUAUUUUCGCCAAGUGUCCAAGUUACAAACUGUGUUUACAGAUGAAAAUUGCAAAAAGCGGCGAUGAGGCCAAGGAAUUUCCGGUGGUCUUCAAAUGGAAUUGCAGCAAUUUGUAAGUGAUCAAAAUUCGAUCUAUCAUAUGAUGAAAUGAAAAAAAAUUUCAGAGCGCCCCGUGCCGUCUACAUUUGCGGAUCCUGGGAUGGGUGGCGUCAGAAGAUUCCGCUCGUCAAAUCGACUGCCGAUUUCUCGACAAUCGUGGAUCUGGAGCCCGGAAAGCACGAGUACAAGUUCAUGGUCGACACGAAAUGGGUGGUGGACGACAAUCAGCAGAAGACGAGCAACAAUAUGGGCGGCGAGAACAACGUGAUCUUGAUCGAUGAAGCCGAUUUUGAGGUGAGCGCAAGUGCCACAUAAAAUCUGCAUAGAGUCGUAAAGCCGAAACUUAAACCGACACCACGCGGUGCUUUUUUGACAGUUCUCCUCUCGGUUUUAUUGCCAAACCCUUCGGCUUAUAUUUCGUAUUCGGCCGGUCAGAAACAUACUUUUUGUUCCUGUGAAUUUGUUCCCAAUGAGCUCGACAACUCCGUCUAGUACAGAUGAGGUCCAAAAGUUGAGUCUAAGGUUUCUAUCCGACACUUUCUAUUCCAAAACCGCAAACGCAUGCAAAUGACAUGUGUGUCGGUGACUUUGAAAUGGCAAUACGCAUGUUUUUGACGUCACCACACACUAAUUGUGUGGAUGGUUUAUAAACUUUCAAAUAUCAGGGACCCAUGAGAAUUUAUUUCCAGGUCUUCGACGCUCUCGACAAGGAUCUGGCUUCUUCCAACGCUGGCGAGGCCCUUCGGAACACACACCCCACCAAGGAAUCGCACGACACCCCGAACGACCGCGAACUGGAGAAACUUCACCAGUUUGGUCAGGAAACCCCAACCCGUGCGGACUUCAACAAAGCCGCUCCGCCGCCAGUGCUCCCACCGCAUCUGCUCCAAGUCAUCCUCAAUAAAGACACUCCGGUUCAAUGCGAUCCGAACGUGCUCCCCGAACCGGAUCACGUCAUGCUGAACCACUUGUACGCGCUCUCCAUCAAAGAUGGAGUCAUGGUUCUCUCAGCCACGCACCGCUACAGGAAGAAGUUCGUUACCACUCUGCUUUACAAGCCCAUCUAA